CUCUCAUAAGAAUAUGUAUGCAAAACGUAUUGACAAAGUUAUUGUACUUUGUGUUUUAGUUCUGAAUUAGGCGAACGGGUUUCACUUCAACAUGGGGAACGGAAAAGAUGCAAGUAUACCUCCGAAAGAAGAAAAUACAAGACUGAAGAAACUUGUGUGCUGUUCGAAAUGCCAGGUCAACUAUAAGAGCGCUUUGUUUAGACCAUGCUGCCAUCUUAAUAUGUGCAUAAUCUGUGCGUUUGGCUUAAAAUAUUGUCCAGAGUGCAACUCAACUAUAGAGGAAAUAUUCAAGGUUAUUCUGACACCGUUGAUCCAGACAAUAGUCAGCGACAACGCACGUUUGAAGUCAGAACUAUACUGUGGCAAAUGCAAGGUUGAACCCAGUAACGUGCUCUUCUUCCCUUGCCAACACCAUCUCUUGUGUUUGGACUGUGCCAAGGACUUGGAGGGCCUGGCGAUCUUGUGCGAUGCUUUUGUUGUGGCAUUAGACUGAAAGAUUUCAAUGAGACCGAUGACCCCAUGGAGGAGCACAUCAAAUAUGCCUCGAAAUGUGCAUAUUUAGAGACCCUGUUCGGAGCUGAGGAGUUGAAACGUAGAUUGGAAGUUAUAAGAUCAGUGGAGCCUGAGAAUAUUCGACAAAAGCAGUAUAUGGAGUUCAAAUCAAACCAAGGGAACGAUUGUAC